ACAUGGACAUUGUUUCCUUUUAGAUUUGUCAGAUGAGGUAACAAUGGCUGACAGCAGCACAGAUUCUGAUGUGGAUGCUCUCCUUCAGAAGAUUGCUAACAAGUUGUUAAAAAGUACAAAGAAAAGUUUAAAGAAGAAGAAAAUCAAGAAAGGCAAAAAGCAUGAGGAAAAAGAAAAUGUUCCAGAAGACAAUACCGGCGAAUCUGUAACAAAAUCAGAGAAUGAUGGUCGAUUUCCAGUGAUAUCUGCAAAGGCUCAUACAGACUCACACAAGCAUUUUCAAAACACCCCUAGUGAACAUACUAAAGGAAAAAGUGCUGGUAAAACUAAACCAGUUAAAAAUAAGCAUCAACAUUCGUUACAGUUACCCAACUCAAAUGAAAGCAUUUCCAAUAGACAUCGACAGUCUAGCAUAUCCUCAUAUCCCAUACUGUAUUCAGAUACUUCAUUCAUCGAGGAUAUUGGCAUACCUUUAGUUGAGUCGACAAGAAUUCACAGUCGAGAAAGUAUCAGUGCGAUGAACCUUUAUGAUAGUUCUUUUAACUCCACUGUCUCCAAACACAGCAAGCAUUCAAUAGACGACACUUUUGAGACUGAUUCUUAUGAAAAACUUAAAAUUAAGAUCCACCAGAAGAAGUUUGAUACAAAAGCAGCCUUUCAGGAAAACAUGAAGACGUCGUCAAAUGCUUCAAAACAUUCUGAUGACGGACAAUGUUUUUCUCCUGAAAAAUCACAUGAGGUUAUCACUGUUAUUCCUGAGAGUGAUGAUGAAGUCGGUGAGGACAAAUUUUAUUCCGUUGUGGAAGACAGAGUUGAUUCUGUAAAAGAAUCUUCAUUUGAAUCUUCGUAUGAAAUACAGGAUAUGUCCAUGCAAACUGAGGAAGGUUUUCACAAUCCAGACCCGAGUCAUUAUGAUAUAGAAUGCAAGAAUACUUGUUCAAGUGCAGAAACAUCAUUUGUUGAAGUGAUGGAUACAUCUAUGCAAACAGAAAGUCAUAUAGAAAUUGUAGACUUGGAUCAUGAUGACCACAAGCUGCUGAAUAAUAAUGGUCCGAUUUGUUUAGAUAAUCACUCCAUCAGUGACAGCAAAGGAUUGGAUCUUAAAGGUUCCAAAAGAAAUGAUGAGAAAACAUUGAAGAAAUUUACUGUCAUGCCUGAGAGGUCUUCUAACUGUAGAGGCUUGAAGGAUCAUUCACCUGCAGACUGUAGAACAGUUUCAAGAGACUCGCGUCACAAAGAGUCGAGGAAUCUAGCGAUCUCCAUCUCUAACGGUUCUCUACCUGACCUGGAUGAUGCCUCGUUUAAGACCUGUGUGAGCUCCAUGCAGUCACAGAGUGAGAUAACCCUGGAAGAUGACCUUACCGACAGAAUGAAGAACAUGAUGGGAAGAACACGUUCUACAAGCUACAAUGACCAUGAUAGUGAUAUGAAGAGAGUCAGCAAUUCGGAACUCAAAAACAAAUCAUCUGUUUUGACCAAGUUAAAAGAAUCUGGUUCAGUGACAACAGAUGUAUUGUAUGGUACAACAAGAAUGGCAUCAGCUGCUGAGCUAGUUGAUUAUAAACAGAUUAGCAGCCAUGCAGUGAAUUCUCAAGAGGAAGAAAAAGAACAUCGACAAGAAGUCACUAGUGGAUCAUGGAGACCAAAGAAGGAAGUGAGUGAAUCUAGUGAAGAGGAAGAUCUGGAAUUAUUUUUUCAAAAGAUACGGUCAUCCAAGAAGAGCAAGCAAGAGUCUCCAUCAUCAGUCAGCGAGUCAGAUGAUGAUGAUAUGCAGGACUUUAUUGUCAGAGAUAAUGAUGAUGAUGAUGAUGAUGAUAAAGAUGAUGAUGAAGAUGAUGAUAAAGAUGAUGAUAAAGAUGAUGAUAAAGAUGAUAAAGAUGAUGAUGAAGAUGAUGAUGAUGAAGAUGAUGAUAAAGAUGAUAAAGAUGAUAAAGAUGAUGAUGAAGAUGAUGAUGAAGAUGAUGAUGAAGAUGAUGAUGAUGAAGAAGAAGAUUUUAACCAUAAAACACCACAGCUGUCCACCAAAUCCAACACUUUAAGUGAUAGUGAUGAGGAGUUUCUGCAACAUUUGACUCCUCGUGUCAAAAAGUCAGUCACUCCACAUGUCAAAAAGUCAGUCACUGCUCAAGUUAAGAAGACUUCUCAGUCUGACAGCGAUGAUGAACACUUCAUCAAACCAGUAGCACCGGCUGUUAAGUCAAGAAAAGACCAUUCUGAUACGGGUUCGUCUAUUCCGAAGCAACCGAAUGGUAAAAACUACAGUUUCUUGAAAUCGUUAACUUCAGACUCACUCUCGGAAUCAAGACGACACCAAGAAGCUGUCAAGUAUGUGACAAGUUUCAAGAAACACAAGGAUGAACUCACCAGGCGACUUUUUUGCUUGUUCAAUGAAACUGUAUUUGAAAACAAGCUUCCAGCAAACUUUGAUAUAGAGUGGAAUAAGCGACUACUGAGGACAGCUGGUUACUGUGUUUAUCAGAAGGGAUAUCACGCCAAGAUAAAACUGUCGACAAAAGUCUGUGACUCUGCAGAGCGAGUGCGAGACACAUUGAUCCACGAGUUGUGUCAUGCAGCUGUCUGGGUUCUCAACAAUAAGAAGGAUGGCCACGGUGCAUACUGGAAAUACUGGGUCAGGAAAGCUAACAAGAGCCACCCAGAAAUUCCAGUGAUUGCUCGCUGCCAUAACUACAGUAUCAACACUAAAUACACAUAUGAAUGUACUCAGUGUGGCUACAGUAUUGGUCGACAUUCCAAGUCACUGGACACAGAAAACAAAGUGUGUGGUCACUGCCAUGGCCGGUUCCAGGUCAGACUGACCGCGCAGAACAAUAGUACAUCUUCGGCUGCAGGGACCCCUCAGACCCCCCGGACCCCCCGGACCCCCAACAGGUUUGCCCUGUUUGUGAAGGACCACUACGGGGAGUUGAAGAAGAAACACAGAUCAUUCUCUCACAAGGACAUCAUGCAGACACUGAGCAGAGAGUUCGCAGAAAAAAACAAAAUUGACAGAUGAUUUUCACAUGUAUAUGUAGAGAAUAACUAGUUAAUGCCGUUGGAUAUUGGCUCUAUCCUGUGUUGGUAAGAAUGGGAAAUUUCACAUUCGGCCUGAACUGGAUAAAGCUGAUAUCUGACAUCAUUAAAUUGUUAUUAUUUUUUAUCCUGCAGUCCAUAAAAAUUAUGGGUAAAAGCUAUUAUUUCUGUUAUUUCAGAGAUAUUGUAUGAUGAUCUAGAGGUCAAAUGAGUGAUUUUGUAAUGUAGCUAUAUGCAUGUGACAUCGCAAGUGUGAUGUCAAAAUCUUUUCUUUAAUCGGUCAUUGUAGUCAGCCAAUAGAAACAAUGGUUGCAGGAUAAAUCUGUUUAAAUCUGUGUAAAUAAAACAUCUGAUUUGAUUUACACUGUACUCCAGCCAUUUAUGGUGUAGUGGUUGAGUCAUCAGGUUCAAGGCUAGUAAAUGGUGAGUUCGUAUCCCAUUACCAGCAGUGAGCAUACGGGGUGUCAGUAAACAUUCAUUCAUUCAUUCAUUCAUUCUGCAAUAAUUAAUGUGUGUAUCCAGGACUGUCUGAAGCCACAUCCAGGAAAUAAAUGACAAGGAAUAGGUGAGAUUAGCCAACAGAACCAGUGUCUAUAAAAGAUCAUUAUGACAGAAUAGUUUUAUACAGUGUGGGCCGAAUUUAACGUGCCUUUUUUUUCGUAAAUGUUUUUUUUAAGACUUGUAAAUGUAUGUAGUUACAUGCAUGCAAGUCAGAAAUGGGCUUUUUAAAAUUCGUUCCUGUAUAUUUUGCUAAAUAACAACAAAAGCCAAGUCAAUAACUACCCUACCCCCCCCUCUCCCCCCAAACCCCCCUCUUAAACCACAACAAAAUAAAACGUUGAGAAAGUGAAAAUUUAUAAUUACUCUUGAAUAUUGAACAUUUAAAUUUAUGCAUAUUUCUUGAUCACUGUGACUUGAACAGUAAAUUAACAGUGAAACCAUUAUGACAACAAUAAAAGGUUCUAAUUUCCAGA